AUGACCGAUAACGAGAAGCCCCUACGGAAUGCUAUUAGGUAUGUUUUCCCAGGAACUAACACGUUGAUAUGCUAUUGGCAUAUCAUCAAGAAUAUCCAAGCCCGUUUUCGCCCGCGGAUCAACGUGGCUGUUGCCGCUGAACAACCGGCCCGGUCCUGGUCCAGCUCCAUUUUGAUGGUCUCCCAGCGUCGAUUGAGCUCAUCUCAGAGCCAUAAAUAUGAGCUCAAUCGACGCUGGGAGACCAUCAAAAUGGAGCUGGACCAAAUCUUCUUCGCACACUCCCAGGAAGAACAUGAUCUGCGUUGGCGGGAGUUCCGAGAUGAGUAUGAAACUCCUUAUGGGGAGGUCCUACGGUAG